AUCUUUUACUUGUUAGUCUAUUUGUUGCUAGUUGCUCGUGAACUUUAGAAGUAAACUGUCCAAAAUGGUGCAGGUGUGGUAUAUGGACACGGAGGAAACCGAUCAGCGCUUGGAGCACCACCGCAACCCGCCGGCUUACCUGGAGCUGGAGGAUCUGUACAAGAAGACGGGCGUGGAAUACUUUAAGAUCAACGCCGACGAAUACCAGAGCGAUAAUACCCUCACCGAGCUGAGGGCACAACGUGGCUACACAUACGAUGAUGAGAUCACCUGCUCGGAGAAGUGCCUCCCUGACUAUGCCAACAAGUUGAAAGCCUUUUACACCGAGCACUUGCACACGGAUGAGGAAAUCCGGCUGAUUUUGGAUGGUUCUGGUUACUUUGAUGUUCGCGACAACGAGGACAACUGGCUGCGCAUUCUGGUGGUGAAGGGAGAUCUGAUUAUUAUUCCCGCUGGCAUUUAUCAUCGCUUUACUCUGGAUUCUAAUAACUUUAUCAGAACCCGUCGUUAUUUCGUUGGCGAGCCUGUCUGGGCUCCACACAAUCGUCCGGCCGAUGAUAUGGAUUGCCGCAAAUCUUACAUCAAGCACCAGGCCGAAAACUUUGUGCAAUUCAACAAGGUUUAAAUUAGAAACCUUACAGCUCUAAAAGUGUAUAUUUUACCCAGUUUGAUAUUUGUAUAUAAAAUAAAACGCCAGUUCCAAAUAGGCGUCUGUUUAUUAAACAAAAUCUAAAGUCUUAACAAGAA